AUGGUCCACGACACCCUUUCCGCCUCCCACAGAGCUAUGGUCUCUGGCCACUUGAAGGAAACCGACCCUGAGGUUGCCCAGAUCAUCGAGGACGAAAUCGACAGACAAAAGCACUCCAUCGACUUGAUUGCCUCCGAAAAUUUCACGUCCACCGCCGUCUUCGACGCCUUGGGAACCCCAAUGUGCAACAAGUACUCCGAAGGUUACCCUGGCGCCAGAUACUACGGUGGUAACGAGCACAUCGACAGAAUCGAGUUGUUGUGCCAAGCCAGAGCCUUGAAGGCCUUCCACUUGGACCCGGAGAAGUGGGGCGUCAACGUCCAAUCCUUGUCAGGCUCUCCAGCCAACUUGCAGGUCUACCAAGCCAUCAUGAAGCCACACGACAGAUUGAUGGGUCUCGACUUGCCCCAUGGUGGCCACUUGUCCCACGGUUACCAGACCGACACCAGAAAGAUCUCUGCUGUGUCUACCUACUUCGAAACCAUGCCUUACAGAGUCGACUUGAGCACCGGCUUGAUUGACUACGACAUGUUGGAGAAAACCGCCGUUUUGUUCAGACCAAAGGUCUUGGUCGCCGGUACCUCUGCCUACUGCAGAUUGAUCGACUACAAGAGAAUGAGAGAAAUCGCCGACAAGGUCGGCGCCUACUUGGUUGUCGACAUGGCCCACAUCUCCGGUUUGAUUGCUGCCGGCGUCAUUCCAUCUCCAUUCGAAUACGCUGACAUUGUCACCACCACCACCCACAAGUCCUUGAGAGGUCCAAGAGGUGCCAUGAUUUUCUACAGAAAGGGCGUCAGAUCCGUCAACCCUAAGACCGGUAAGGAGAUCUACUACGACUUGGAAAACCCAAUUAACUUCUCUGUCUUCCCAGGUCACCAAGGUGGUCCACACAACCACACCAUCUCUGCCUUGGCCACUGCCUUGAAGCAAGCUGCCACCCCAGAGUUCAGAGAAUACCAAGAACAAGUGUUGAAGAACGCUAAGGCCUUGGAAGUCGAGUUCAAGAAGUUGGGCUACACUCUUGUCUCCAACGGUACCGACUCCCACAUGGUUUUGGUCUCCUUGAAGGACAAGGGUAUCGACGGUGCCAGAGUCGAAGCCGUUUGUGAAAAGAUCAACAUCGCCUUGAACAAGAACUCCAUCCCAGGUGAUAAGUCUGCCUUGGUCCCAGGUGGUGUCAGAAUUGGUGCUCCAGCUAUGACCACCAGAGGUGCUUCCGAGGAAGACUUUGUCAAGAUUGCCAACUACAUCGACGCUACUGUCAAAUACGCAAAGAAGGUUCAAAGCGAGUUGCCUAUCGAGGCCAACAAGUUGAAGGAUUUCAAGAAGAAGAUUGCUGAAGGCUCUCCAGAGUUGGCUUCUUUGAAGACCGAAGUCUACGCUUGGGCUGGCGACUUCCCAUUAUCCACCUAA